AUGUAUAUUGACGAAACUAGCCUAGCAUUUGGAUGUUGUCGACGUGAUAAUAUAUAUGAUGACGAUUAUACACUGCUUGAUAGAGAAUUGAUGAAAUUUUAUGUGAAACUUAAUGUACUCACUGCUGCUCCAUCUGUACUCAUUUUAAAAUCCGGUUUAAGAAUUUGUUCUAAUGGUGCUGCUAGAACAAAUAUACCAAUAAUACAAGAUUAUGCUUAUUACGAAGUGAAACUACAAAAUUAUAGAGGGUCAUGGGGAAUCGGGCUGUGUACAGUAAAUGCAGUUAUGAUAAAAUGGAUUAAAACAUUUCUAAACGAUAUGAAAAUAUGGAGUCGUGGUCAUGUGAUUGGUCAGUUAAAACAAUCUGUUGAAGAGGGUGAUAUAAUUGGGGUGAUCUGUGAUAAAGGGGAAUUGAGAUUUACAAUCAAUGGAGAUAUUGCUCAUGUGUAUUCGGAGCAAACAGAACAAAGCCCACUGUGUAUUGACAGCGGUGGUGAAGUUUUGUAUCCUGUAUUAGGUGUGGGAGAUGAUACAGUGUUGGAUGUGGCUUUUACGGCGAACUCAUUUAAUUACCCACCAUUAUCGGUUGAAGGAUUCGGUGAGAUAAAAUUCCAGAAAGAAGUUACUUUUUAG